AUGGCGAUCCUGCUGGAGCACACCUCGGGCAAGUGGCCCUUCUGGCUCUCUCCGCGGCAAAGCGUCAUCCUGCCAGUCACUGACGAUCACUACGACUACGCCAAGCAGGUCCACGCUCAGCUGCAGAAGCAGCGGGAGGACAAGUUCAACGAGUUCUUCGUGGACCUGGACGGCCGGACGAAGCUGACGCUGCCCAAGCGGAUCAAGGAGGCACAGGAGAAGCAGUACAACUACAUCCUGGUCGUGGGCGAGCGCGAGCGUACCGAGGGCACUGUCAGCGUGCGCACCCGCGACGGUGUAAUCCACGGCGCCAAGACCACGGCCGACCUUCUCACCGAGUGGCGACAACUCCUCGACGCGUUCCAGUAG